AUAAAUGAGUUCAGUAGUGAAGCAGGUUUUCAGCUGACGAUGGAGAUUUGCAGCCUUAGAAAUAUUUUCUAUAUUGUUCUUCUCACAGCAGGACAAUGUGAGAGGACUAUGAAUACAGAAGUGACAUUGAAAAUGGAUGAGGCGUUACUAACAGUCCAAAAUCAGAUGUCCUAUGGGCUUCAAGUUCUCUACACCUCAGAUUACUGUUAUAAGUGUCUGUACCAACCUUUGGCUAGCAUGGAAGUUGGACCAGGAAGUGUGUCUGUGGUCCUAAGCACACCUUUCACGCUAACUUUGAAAGCCUCACCUGUAAAUGCCAAUUACACUUUGUGCAGCUUAAGCUAUCUUUUUGAAGAGGCAGGACAUUAUUCUCUUUGGGUCACACCUGGAGAUGCACAUAAUGUAACCUGCUAUAUUUCUCUGGAUAAGUUUCCACAUAGCACCUACCAACCUUUGUGGGUAACUGCUCUUGUUCUAGUCCUUUUGGCUUGUAUUUGGGCCUCUGUACCUUCUGUGUCCAGAUGUAGCUGCACAUUAAAACUAAAAAAACUCAUUUGCUGUUGUGGAGCUAAAUUCUCCACAGAAAGAGAAGAGGACACAAAUGGAGCUAGUGUGGACCAAAGCCAACCAAAGUCAUCCCGUUUAAAAUCAUUAGACACAUUCCGAGGCUUCUCUAUAACCCUGAUGGUGUUUGUGAACUAUGGAGGUGGAGGAUAUUGGUUCUUUCAGCAUGCACCAUGGAAUGGCCUUACCAUAGCCGAUCUUGUAAUGCCCUGGUUUGUAUUCAUCAUAGGGACAUCUGUAAUGUUAGCAUUUAGUUCUAUGCGAAGGAAAGGUGUGACAAGGUUCCAACUUUUGCGCAAACUGAGCUGGAGAACAGUGGUGCUGAUGCUCAUCGGAUUCUGCUUUAUUAACUACAGCCCCAGAGAUGGUUUACUCUCAUGGUCCUGGCUGCGGAUACCUGGAGUACUUCAGCGUCUGGCUUUCACCUACUUCGUCCUGUCACUGAUGCAGAUGUUCUCUCCCUUCCAAGAGAUCCCAUCAAGUCAGAUCUUCUGGUGGAGCCCUGUUCAGGAUGUGGUGCUUUAUUGGCCUGAGUGGAUUUUUAUUUUGCUGCUGGAGACGUUGUGGCUGUGUGUCACCUUCCUGCUGCCUGUGCCCAACUGCCCUACUGGGUAUUUAGGAGCUGGAGGUAUAGGAGAUAAUGGUCUGUACCCAAACUGCACAGGAGGGGCUGCUGCAUAUAUAGAUAGGUGGUUAUUAGGAAACAAUAUCUACUGGCACCCAACAUGCAAGGCUUUGUAUCAAACAACUCAGCCAUUUGACCCUGAAGGAGUCCUAGGUACUAUUAAUUCUAUUGUCAUGGGAUUCAUAGGCAUGCAAGCAGGAAAAAUUUUCCUUUUCUACCGCAAAAUGAACAAGAAGAUCAUCAUACGAUUCACAAUCUGGGCUGUCAUCCUGGGAAUCUUGGCGGCCAUCCUUUCUAAGUGCACACGAGACUCUGGAUUUAUACCUGUCAAUAAAAACCUUUGGUCCCUGUCAUAUGUGGCCUGCAUGGGCUCCAUGUCCUUUGUGUUGCUGGCUAUGGUGUAUUUUGUUGUGGACAUCAUGGGAUGGUGGGGUGGCCAACCUUUCAUUUAUCCUGGAAUGAACUCCAUCUUGGUAUAUGUGGGCCAUUCCCUGCUGGGCUUUUACUUUCCUUUCAGCUGGGAGAUGCGCUAUCAGGACAGUCACUGGGAGCCACUGUUCAGGAGCCUGUGGGGAACUGCACUCUGGAUCUUCAUCUCUUAUUUGCUCUACCGCAAACAUUGCUUCCUCAAAAUUUAAGUCUGUCUUCUGUUUGAUUGUGGAUAAAGAGUAUUUAAAUUUUGUAGAUGACCCAACAUCCACAUAUUAUCUUUCCUUAUUGUAUCUUAUAAGCAAUCUAAUGUAUUUCUUAUCUAUUAUCUUUGAUGUAUUAGUUUAAUCCAUAAACUGAAUGUAGAAUAUUCUAGUUCCCAAUUAGUAAAUAGGUAUCUGUGCUACAA